AUGACAAAUGAAAAAUUGGAUUUGGAGAAGAGGGACAAGCCAGAGGAGGCAACCGUUGAGACUUCUCAAGUUUACUCUAUAUCAACCAGGCCAGAAAAACUCAUAAUAUGUUUCUUAUGUGCCUUCACUGGUUUCUGUUCCUCGGUGUCGAUGCCGAUCUAUUUCCCGAUCUUGAACCAAGUUCGAGAAUAUUUUCCGAUCUCAGAAUCUGUCAAUAAUUUAGCUGUUGUCUGUUAUCUUAUCUUUCAAGGUAUAGGACCGGCUCUACUAUCCCCAAUAGCCGAUGUAAUCGGUAGAAGGCCUCUAAUUUUGAUGCUUUUAUUACUAUACACAGUUGCCAACAUAGCCUUGGCUUUGACUAGAAAGUUUUGGUUACUUCUAGUACUCAGAUGCCUCCAGGCUUUCUCAAUUGCACCAGCAGUUUCCAUAGCAUCAGGAGUGGUAGGAGACUUAGUUGACCGUGAGAGCAGGGGAUCAUACGUUGGAAUGGUGUCUGGCUGUCUUUUAAUGGGCCAGGCCAUUGGUCCGCUCUUAGGAGGUGCCGUCGAUGAAGGAUUCCAAUCAUGGAGAGCUGUCUUUUGGUUCUUAGCAGUCCUGGGUAUGUUGGUAUUCACGCUGGAUUUCUCUUUCUUACCAGAGACGAAUCGUUCUAUCGUUGGAAACAUGUCCAAGGAACCACGCAGACUUUGGAAUUAUUGUCCUAUCUUGCUCCUACCAUCGUACCAGAGACGACUGGAUGACUCUGCCCAGACAGACCCACACCCUCAUUACAAUCUGCUGGACACCUUUAGGAUCUUGAUUGCGCCACCAGUAUACUUAACGCUGAUACCGUGCUCAAUUCUUUUUGCAAGUUGGACUUGUUGUUUAACUACUCUUGCUACUGAGCUUGAGAAUCAUUACCAUUAUUCGACUUUAAAAAUCGGAUUAGUAUUCAUAUCAUCAGGAGUGGGAUGUGUUUUAGGAUCUUUUGCAACUGGAAAAAUCCUUGACAGAUCUUAUCGUUGCCAGAAAUUGAAGUCAGAGUUUUCCAUUUACAAGGCAAGGCUCUCAAUUUACUGGGUCUACACCCUCAUCUGUGUGGCUUCCCAGUUAACAUUUGGGUGGACUUUAGAUAAAAGGACUCAUCCAGCCCCCAUCAUCAUCACAAUAUUUUUCUUUACAUGGGCAUGUCUGGGAACAAUGACUAUGUCGACCACUCUUUUGAUAGACAUGUUCCCAGGACAGUCAUCCACCGCCACUUCUUGCGUGAACAUCACAAGAUGCCUAAUGAGCGCCCUAUUCGUAGGAGUGCUAACCAAGAUGAUUGCAGCAAUGACCAUCGGUGGUUGCUACACUUUCUUUGCAGGUAUCUCAUUGGUUGCCAUGAUCCCUGUUCUCUAUGUGGCUAGGAGGGGAACAAAAUACAAACUGUAG